CCCCUCCCACCCCAGCUCCGCGUUCCCCUGAAGGGCCGGGCUUGGGAGCGCAGGUAGGCCUCACGCGCAGCCUCGGCCUCGCGUAGCUCGCCGAGCCGGGGGAUGACGACGGCGACGCCGCGACUGAGGCGAGGCCCUCGCUGAGGAAGAAGGCCGCCGCCGCCGCCGCCGCCAUGCCGGCCAAGAGGAAGCUGGUGCCGCCGGCCCUCAACAUCACCCCCACCAUCGCCGAAGGGCCCAGCCCCACAGGCGGGGAGGGCGACGGCUCCGAAGCACAUCUUGUUGACCUCCAGAAGAAACUGGAAGAACUGGAACUGGAUGAGCAGCAGAAGAAACGGUUGGAGGCUUUUCUCACCCAGAAGGCCAAAGUUGGAGAGCUGAAAGAUGACGAUUUCGAGAGGAUUUCUGAGCUGGGAGCCGGUAAUGGUGGCGUGGUCACCAAAGUACAACACAAGCCGUCAGGGCUAAUCAUGGCACGGAAGCUGAUUCACCUGGAGAUCAAACCUGCCAUCCGAAACCAGAUAAUCCGCGAGCUCCAGGUGCUUCACGAGUGUAACUCUCCAUACAUUGUGGGUUUCUAUGGCGCCUUCUACAGUGAUGGGGAGAUAAGCAUCUGCAUGGAGCAUAUGGAUGGAGGUUCCCUAGAUCAGGUUUUGAAAGAAGCCAAGAGAAUUCCUGAGGAUAUCUUGGGGAAAGUCAGCAUAGCGGUUCUGCGAGGAUUGGCUUACUUACGAGAAAAGCAUCAGAUCAUGCACAGAGAUGUGAAGCCUUCUAACAUCCUGGUGAAUUCGCGGGGAGAGAUUAAGCUCUGUGAUUUUGGAGUCAGCGGCCAGCUCAUCGACUCCAUGGCGAAUUCCUUCGUGGGCACUCGCUCCUAUAUGUCUCCUGAGCGCUUACAAGGUACUCACUAUUCGGUCCAGUCUGAUAUCUGGAGCAUGGGCCUCUCUCUGGUGGAGCUGUCGAUUGGAAGGUAUCCCAUCCCUCCGCCAGACGCCAAGGAACUGGAAGCGAUAUUCGGCCGCCCCGUGUUCGAUGGGGCAGAAGGGGAAUCCCACAGCAUCUCACCACGGCCCAGGCCCCCAGGACGCCCUGUUAGCGGCCACGGGAUGGACAGUCGACCUGCGAUGGCUAUCUUCGAAUUGCUGGACUACAUAGUUAAUGAGCCACCUCCAAAGCUGCCAAACGGGGUUUUCACUCAAGAGUUCCAGGAGUUUGUAAAUAAAUGCUUAAUAAAAAACCCUGCUGAACGGGCAGAUUUGAAGAAGCUGAUGAAUCACGCCUUUAUCAAGCGCUCCGAAGUGGAAGAGGUGGAUUUCGCCGGCUGGCUGUGUAAGACGCUGCGGUUGAACCAGCCCAGCACUCCCACCCGUACUGCCAUGUGACCGCCAAGCAAGCCGCCGCCUUCCCCUCUUCUCCUCCUCCUCCUCCUCCUCUCGUGCAUCUUGCUUUGCUGUCGUCCGCCACCCUUCAGCAGAAGAAAAGAACCCGCCUCUCUCGGCCAGCCUCUCCUCCGCGACCUUUUCUUCUUUAUUUUUGGCUCCGGAACAGCAAAGGCGCCGCAGUUCGGAAGCUGCCCGGUCAUCAUCCAGACAGAGCAGAAAGCAGGCUUGCUUCACCCUCUUCCUGUUCCGUUGUUCGGCUCCAUCCCUCUCCCCGCAGCUGAGUGUGGAUCUCUUCAGAGCUUCUGACUCUGGGCAAGGGAUUGGGGAGGGGGAGCGGGUUGUGUACAGCAGCGGCGAGCUGCUUUUCCCUUUUACGUUUGUGUCACCAGUUUUGGGGGAAAGGGACAGGCUGUGCCUUCUUUCCUUUCUUUCUCUGCACUUGCUUCCUGGGUGGGGGGCCUGAGAGGCGCAGGCAGGCUUGCCAGACGGGUGCUGCAGAUGGGUGGAGACACGUGGAGCAGCUUGGGCGGAAGUGGGCCGGUUGAGCAGCGUGGCAGCUUCGCCGGCCUGGGCUCGGGUCCUUCCUAGAGCCUGCGAGAGGACCGUGCGAUUUUAAGGAAGUUUGUGUUUGGUGGUUGAGAAGCUAGCAGUCAAUUCCUUCCCAUUCUCUCCUCCUCCUCUUCCCCUCCCCACGGUUUCUGCAUUCAGUUUCUUUACAAGAGAAGUUUUUAAGUUCAACUUGCCCUCUUUGUGUUUGUGGGAGAGGGAACGUCCACGGCUUCUAGGCGAACGUGGAACCGUCUUCACGUGUGUGUGUGAGUGUGUGUAAUUUUUACGUACAAAUGCAACACGGGCACCGACGGGUUGUAUCCGGCGCUAGUCGUGCUUGGCGUAGACCCGCCUGCGUUUCGGUGGGUCUGUUCUGGGUUGGGCCUUGCUGGAUGCAGCCCCACCCGUGCCCCGUGGAAAUUGUGUCGUCAUUAUAAAAUGGGGGGGGCGGGGCAGCAGUCCACACGCUGCUCCUCCAAAGACGUGACGGUUUUAAAGCCAUCUCCUUCCAGUCUUAACAGAGUGCUUUAUUUCUGAAAUCAACGUGCACUAACUCAUCAAGUGGGGGGUGGAGGUCGGUAGUCCUCUGCGGGUAUUUAUUGGAGAAGAACCACAGCUGCUAAUUCUCGACGGCGGAGGGGGCGCAAAGGCCGCCUCUUCCUCUCCAGCGCACGCUCGGUGCGUGUUAUUCCUCGGGCCUUGCAGCGGAGGCAUCGCUCUCCCGAUAAAGGUGCCGUCGGUUUCUGCCUUCUCGGUACUGGCGUCGCUACGUCUCUGUUUCCGAGAGUGUGUGAUUUAAUGGCGAAAGAGUCCUGUGCUGCAAUUGGAUGCUUCUCGGUGUCUUGUUGAUGCUGCUGCCCUCCAUAGCUCAGAGGAGCCCUCACCUCUGGAGCAGGUGAACUGGAAGAAAAGCUGUUGGCGGUGGUUAGGCUGCCUCUCUCCCCUCCUGCCCCCCCAGUCCUUCUGCUGCACCUCAUCCCCAAUCUUAACAGAUCCUUCUUUAAACUUCCAUUUCUCUCUCUUUCAAACUCCUCCCCCCUUCUUUCAUUUCCAGUUAAUUCCUUUACCAUUAUCGGCUUUUCGCUGUCCAGGUAACUGAAGGGGAGUUUAUGAGCGAGACCCAAUACACACUUGCCCUACAGCCCAUUUUCUUUCUUUUUUAAAAAAAAAAGCAUGAAAAAGGAGGGUCAGGUGCUUCAAAGUUCUCCAGCACCUCGCAGCCGAUAAGGUUUUGUUCUCCUUGAAUACCGGGCCCUCUGCCAUUCUGGGAAGUGUGGGAACCGGCGUCCGGACGGCCAAAGUGCCCAACCCCCACCCCUUUAAUUCCAGCCGGUAAGGAAGCCACAGCUGGGUGGCUGAACCAGGUGGAGUCCCCAAAUCGGGUGAUGUUGAAGAGGCGCUGGCCAUGUUCUGUCUUUGCUUGGGUUUGCGCCUUGGGAUGCAGGACUUGGUGCAGGCCAAGCGGCAGGUGGGCUGACGGACGAGUCACUCGGCCACAACGGAAGCCGGCAGCUUGCAGUGGUACCACCGCUUUCCUGUUAGCUCACCUUGCUAGGAACCCUGCAAAAAAACCCCAUCUAAGGUGAAGCUGCUUUUAAAAGACACGGCUGCCUUGAGCUCUCCGACGCAAGGGAUUAAGUUCUCCCCAGCCUGUCUUGGCACCUGCCUCUCGAAAGGGUGGCAGAGCCAGUGGGUAUCUUGGCAUCCGUGCAUGGCACGACCGGCUAGCAUGGUUGCCAAGUGCUUCAGGGGAGAGAAAGGCCCACCAUGAUGUCUCCCAACAUGUUUCCCAGAGCGUCUCCAUGUGGGUUGGGGAACUUUGUGGAGUGCCUACCCUUGGGGGUGGGAUUUUGGAAUGCCUUCCGAAAAUAUCCAAAGGUUAUUGGGUUGCCAAGAGCAAAAGGCUCUCUCCCUCUAUUGGCACUGCAACCUUAAAUCCCUGGGACUCUGCAGAGAUAGGGACCCAGAACAACAUUUAACCACAAGUCGGAGGUGCAAUUCUUGACUUUGGUGAACUGGGCUGGUUUCUUGCAUUCAGGACUUAGUGGGGCAAGGUGCUUUUUCUUUCUCCCAAGCCCUUCUCAGAGAAAUCCCCUACCCCACUCAAAAAGAUAAUAAUUCACUCUUCUCUCACCGAACCCUCUCCUCAUAUACUCGUUUUUGCUUUCAAGAGUCUGCAAACUUCCUUCUGUUUCUCGGUGGCUUGCCUGUGAAGGAUAUUUGAGUAUCAGUGCUUUCCAUUGAUUCCCACCCGAUUGCAGGGCAAAGAUGUGAGCUUUGCACAGAACUUUUGAGAGAGAGAAACUGAGCCCAUGUGUGUCUCUUCACUGCUUUGAGAUUUUCUUCUCUCCCGCAACCCCCCCCCCCCCGGACUGCUAGCAUCUGAUAUGAUCUAAAAGGGGCGGCGAACAGGACCCCCGCAAGCCGACGGAGGACUGCUGGGAAGAUCACCCAGGCCAGGGGAGAGACCCUGCGCUCUUCCCCACUCCCCACUGAUCCAUGUUUUGCUGCUGAUUGUGGAUACGGAAUAUACUGGGUAUGGAACGAAAGCAAAAUAAAAACGGACUGUGCAUUUUAUUUCCCCUUCUAAAUAGUGUAAGUGACUCGGAUCGUGGAUUUGAAAAGAAACACAGCGCUUGGGAGGCGUUCCACCCCACCCCUUUUAACCUCGCAGUUGCUUUUAUUUGGUGUGCUUUCUAAGCGAGACUGACCACGUCGUUGCUGUCUUCGUAAAGAAGAAAGGGAGAAAGAUGGGUGGAUUUUCUUGUGGGGCGGAGCUUUACCGCGUGUGUUUUCUCCCCCUAGAGCAGCUGGGGGCAAACUUGCAAAUUUUCGAUCCUCUUUAAGCGGGCCGAAGGAAAUGGGGAGAGACCCCCUUAGCAGAUCUAUAGGCGACAUUUCUUGGGUGGGGUGGUCAAGUAGGGGGAGGCCUUUCGUAACCCAAGUUCUUUCCCCCCUCAAACUAUAAUUUGAAAUUCAUUACCGCAGCCGGAUCCCUUCCACUUUGACACUGUCUGACAGCUGAUUUAAUCCCCCCCCUCCCAUCACUCCAAGUGCAAACGUUAGUUUUAUCAAAUGGGGUAACUCCUGAGGAACUGAAUGUACAAUAUUCAGUGUUUGAGUUAAAAGUUGUCAAUGAACUUAGUGGGAUCAUGUGAUCUAAUUACUGUACUUGUUUUUUUUCCCAUAAUGCUUAUAUAUAUCUGAACAGUGAGGCUUUUGCUGGGUGUGUAUGUGUGGGGGGGUGCAUUUUACAGUUCAAAAAGAUUUUUUGGUUAUGUUUCCUUUUACGGCUUUGGUUUCUUGGGGAAGGGGGUUUAAGAAUGUCUGGGCGUUUUGACGGUGCUUUUUUUUUUUUUAAGAAACUAUUUUCACCAUGGGGAGAUGAAAUAAAUGGCACUUUACAUUAAGAA